AAGCAGCAAACGGGUACGCGGUCUUUUGUGAAAAAUACGUUGUGGCUUUUCAUAAGCAUUUGAGCCUACAAGCAAAGUUUACAACGCCCUCCACUCCAUUGUCCUAGAACAAGCGAUUUCCUUUCACCGUAUUAUCCAGAAGCAGGUAUUCAGUUGGAAGGUAGGCAACACCCGUCGGAAAUUUUUGAAGGAAAGAUUCGUGAUAGCAAAAACAUGUCACCUCUCCAGCAACCUCUACUUGACAAUGUACGUGAAUCCGUCCCGUGGUAAGUAAAGCCGAGUAUUGAAGAAAACCCGUCACCGCAGCACGACGCUGACUCUUCUACCGUCGCACACCGGCCGCUCGCAAGCGUAACAACGGCAAGAUCUGAACUCUAGAAUGGAAGUGGACGAGACCGGGCCUGUUACCACAGCGUCCAGCAAAGAAAGUACGGAGGGCGGAGACUUUUCGAAGAGAGCGGUGGAAGGAAAACCUCUGGUCCGUCAAGACAAGCGGGAAAAGAUGGAGUAUAGAAUCAGUUACAGUUUUGCAUUAGCUAAUGUGCAUAUAGUAAUAAAAGAAACAAAAAAUGAAACUGUAGUCCGCAAGAUGAAGAAACUAUUCGUUGUACACGGCUGUAAACUAUUCCACAAAAAUCCUCUAAAACAGGAACAGACCGGAGGAAACGACGGACCCCACGGCGCCUGGUAAAGCGGACGACGCGAACGCCCUACCAGCCGAAACCCUGCUCCCAGCAGUGUCGCAGCUACUAACAACAGGCAAUGGAACGGCGAGCUCCAAUAUCAACCAGCAGUCAUCAAGAGCCGCGACUUCGAGCGCAGCGUCGAGCAGUGCUGGACCGCCGCCUGGGAAGGAGCAAGUAGCGACGACUAUAACUGUAAUAGGUGGCAGAAAUAUUGAAGGUGAAAAUGCUGAAGAUAGCGACGACAGCAGUGAGUUCGACCCGCUGGAAUACGCAAAGCAGCAGUCGCUGAACGGCGUGGGCGGUCUGGACGCCGAGAAGUCCGCCGCGCUGAUCCACGCCUUGCAGCAGAACAGCUUGUGGGCGUCCAUGCUCGCCAACCCCACCGACGAGGGCGCGGACUACGAAACCAAGAUGACACAGGCCGUCGAGGAGGCGGCCGCCAACCCGGAGAUGCUGAAGAUGCUGCUGGGGCAGAGCGUGAACCACGGGAAGCCGGACCAGCACCUGGACUUUGCCGAGCGCCUCCGCGUCACCAUGGAGGCAUCCAAACUGUACGAGCGACUCGUGCAAACCGUAGUGCCGUCCGCCGCCGUGUCCGUCUGCUGGGCCGCCUACAAGAAAACUGCGGCGGAAGAUGGGAUCAUGUCAAACGAAAUGAACACAGCAGCAUCUUCCUCCCAACCUCCACGGCCGCUUUUGACGGGCAACAGCAGCAGUAGCAGCAGCAGCGCUGUGUUUGUUCAGCCGGACGGGAAGCAGCCGCAGCCGGGACAAGGGGGUGCUAGCAGCGGUUCCUCCACCAAGGCAGACGGCGCCAAAAAGGCCAAGCACAUACUGCCGCACAACCAGAGCCUGGCACUCUGGCUGCACGCCGAUCCCUGCGACCUUCACAAAAUCAGCAUACACGAGAGCUUUCUAGAGGACUACGUCCCCGCAGGGUAUGCUUCGGAUAUUUAUAUGUAUUCUGGGUCGAACGUGGAAGGGCUCCUGUUAUAAUGGAUGUGUCCAGUCCAUGUCUUGCUGCUGAUGAAGAGCCUUCUAGCAUAGUAUGCCUUUAUUUCGGAAGGCACUUGAUCCUCGUGCUCGUUCGCAUGUACUCAAUCUGUUCUUCACGUUGAAGGCAACUUUAAAAACACAUCGCUCCAGUGACAGCGCCAAUUUUUCCUCGUUCGACCCACUUUUUUCUCCCCUCGAUUACCCCCAACCCGGAGCCGCAGACCAGAUGUUCGUGGAGCAACCCACGGCGCAUUCGCAGGGCCCCAUCGCGCUGGAAGAGUUCAACGAACACUACCGGCCGACGACCUUCUCGGUGGGCUUCCCGGCGGACAAGGUGAACCCCUGGGGCCUCUGGUCGAGCGAAACCGCACUUCUGCUGCACGAGCGCGAGCACGUGGAGUACUACCGCCUCGUCGCCGCGCACGAAAACUGGCUCGUCGCGGGAAAAGCGUCGGGCCAACUUAUCGCGCAAAGGCUGAAUACGGACGGCACAGAGCUCGUAUUUUUUUUUCUGUAUUGAGACCGUUUUUUGCCCUAUAGGAGUACAGCAAGAACGCUGUAUAAUGUGUCAGAUGAGAUUUCAUGCGGCUAUGAUUUUUGUGGACAAGUAAAGAUUUUUGAUAUCGGCAUUCGCAUUUGCUGUCACCUUCCUACGAUCUUCUUUUUGCUUAAAAUGAAAGGAUUUCACCCACACCCCUCAGAUGGAAGCCGUCAGCCUGAACUGCCACAGCGACGUUGCCUUUGGUCUCAGCGCGGUGGAAAAUGUGGUCUGGUCUGGGGCGAAUGACGGGUCCGUCGCGCGCUGGGAUUUGGACCAGCUUGUCGGGCCAGAGGCCGGGCCAACAGCAGUCACCAGUAUGGGCGCCGAUAUAAACGACCUGGUGGGCACCUCGAAAAGCGUUGCAUACGGUAUAAAAAUUUGUACUACAUGAUUUUCCUCGAAUAUCAUGACAAGAACCUACUUCAUUGUAGUACAAGCGCCCUGUGAAGAUUCUGUCCAUAGCCGAGUAAUGCAAAAUUCACAAUCUCGCAAAAACCAUCAGGCUGCACCGACAGCGCGCCGCUUUUCAAAGUGGAGUGGGACGGCCAGAAGAAGGACGUUUCGCAGCAGCCGAUACUGGACACAAACCUCUGGGAGUUCUACGUUCAGCAAGCCAAGGAACUGUUUCCCCACGGCGGUUCCACUGACGACGGCCCACACUCCGCCGCUGAGAUUUCAUCAAGGCAGGCGGGAAAGACCGCGCCUCCCUCUACCGCCGCGAAUAAGGAAGCCAACCGGGCGGCACCCGCAGCUGCGACCGAUAGUGCGGCGCAGAGCUCGUCCAGCAAAAAACCAGAUUCUGGUAUUAACGCGGAGGAAGAUGCCAGCCCAGCGGCGAGCGACAGUGCCUCCGCGAAAGAAAAAAAGACCGUCGUGCAGGCCCUGGAUGUGUUCGAAAAUAAAGCGAUUCUCGGCGCCACAGAUGGUUCCCUCCUGGUACUGGAGCUCCGCACGGCGGACGAACUGGUACCGCUGUUCUACACCCCGAACGCGCACCCUGGCGGCGUCGAAAGGGUGAAAUGGAAGAAGUUUAGCGAAGGCGAUACGGUAUUAAAAAGUACUUGCAAGAAUUUCCGGAAAAUAAGGUUGUGAUAGUGCAUCUCUCGUUAUUUUUCUGCUUUCAAAUUUCUGCUGUUCUAGUAACAUCUUCCCCGGACAACAUAAUUGCCAGUAGACCCACAUGAACCAUCUCUCGUAUUGCGAAAAAAACCAACUUCCAAAUCCUCAGGUCUUUGCCUCCUGCGGAACCACAGACGGCUGCGUCACCGUGUACGACAUUGCGCAGAAAACCCUUCCAGACGACGAUGUGCGAUUCGCAGAGGAGCUUGUAUCAAAUGCAAAAAUGUCUGGGUCUGGAAGAUUGCGAGACUUGUCACGCUUGUCUAGCAUGACCAAAAAGUUUGUGAUGCGUGUCCACGAAGAGACUCUUUUGCCUGUCAUGCAAAAACGCAGUUUGUCAUGCGAAAAACGCAACACACAUAUUUCUGAUGCUUGGCUGUGCAUCACAGAGCAUUCACUACUCCCAGCGCGACAUUACAAGUUUCCAGACCCAGACAUAUUUGCAGUUGAUAGCUUGAAGACGGGGACGAGGACGACGAUCCACCACAGCUGCUGUUCACGCACAAGGGCCACCGAGGAGGUAUGAAAAUUGGUGUAGGCUGUUUAACAAUGCAAUUCCGUGUGUACUAAAGUGGCACAACAGAUGCACACCCACCUUCUUGGUAGACCAAAAGAACAUUAUUUGCAUCAACCCAAGCAAGAAACUCGCAAUCUAAACUACCACAGAUCUCAGUGACAUUGCGUGGUGCCCCUGGAUGGACUGGCUGAUCGCUUCCGUCAGCAAUCACGGGGAGAUUCAAGCGUGGCAAAUGAACUCGUGCUGCUAUGGAGAGGAGAAAGACGCCGCGAACAAGUAUCAAAUGUAAAAGUGUCUGGGUCUGGAAGAAUGCAACUUGUGGCGCUGCAUUUGGAUUCCAAAGAAAUUUGUAUUGCAUGAGUACCAAAGGAAAGGCAAUUUUCGCUACGCUGAGAAGGCAUUUGCCAUGCGGAAUACGCAUCAAGAGGCCCUCAAAAAAUCUGUAUUGCUAGGGGAUGCAUCACAGACAUCAUGGCUCAUGCAAAACGUGCAUGACAAGUCUCGCAAUCUUCCAGACCCAGACAUUUUUACAGUUGAUAACAAACCUACCGCCGACAUCUUCUCUACGUGCGUGAGCAACGACGACGACGUAUCCUGAGUAAAAACGUACCCACACCAGAGUUGUAAUGCAAAUCUGCAUGCUGAAAAUGUUUCUCAUGCGGAGCUCCAUGAGAAGCAUUUUCUAGUCGUGUUUUGCAAUUUGUCAUGCUCCAAUCAGCAUGGUAUGCUAUAUCUGUGAUGCUGCUGAGCUAGCUCAAACAGCACUACACUACGAAUCCAAAUUUGUCAUGCAAAACGGCCAAAACUUGUGGAUUUGUCUAGCCGAUUCCCCAUCUUGACUCUGGUGUAGGUACGUUUUUACUCAGGAUACGACGUGCCACUGGAAGAGACCGUACGUCGCACCAAGCGCCAAAAAACCACAACGUGAACGACGUCGGGGAAAAGAAAUUCCGAAUUUCUCUCUUCCCUUCGAGGAAAGCAAUAAUUUUCGAAAGCGACACAGCAGUCCUAGCUUCCGCACCCAUUGUUUUGUUGAAAACAGCGACAUUGACGGUCAUUAUUGGCCCCAUCUCAAAGUGACUUUCUCAAAGAAGAAGUCAUCUUCUACCACGCGGUGGAACGAAGAAGUUAGACAAAACACGGCUGAAAC